AUGGAGGCCGAGACCAAGACCACGAAAAGGCGCGGGCUGGCCGAUGUCUACAUGGCGUCCCAGCUGCUCAACCAGCGUGCCUGGCAAAUUCAGGAGUGCAGGGUGCUGGAUCAGCAGCAGGCCAUGGCCACCAAGGCACUCCGCCCGACCCACUCUGGCUUCGUCCUGCGCUGUCAGCAGAAGGUGGACAACAACAUGUUCGUCUUUUACAACUACCACUGCCACAUGUCCGUGACCGAGGAAGCCACGGAGGUUGCUGGGGUGCCUGAGCUGGCCCCGGUUGAGGCCGAGCCGCGCGGUGGAGACUCUGCCGGCAGUGCCGGCUCGACCCGGGCGUCUUCGACGACGGUUGCCUUGACAGCAGAGAUCGCUGGGUCUGGGUCAGGCGUCUGGGUGUUCUAUCGCUUGCUGCCGCCCGCGCUCCACAAACAGUGUGUGAAGGUCCUCUCACAGAACUUGACUAAACGCAUGGACAUGAAUGAUGCCGAGAAGGUCUUGUUUCUGUCGCCACAAAGUCUGGGCCAUAUGGCAUUCACACUGAAGAAGGGUGCUACCACGAAGUGCUCGGACGUCUUGGAAUGUCUUUUCUUGCUUGGACUUGGAGGGUUCCUCGUCGAGGAGCUCCACUUUUCGUCGGCAUAUGCUGCGGAUUUCGUGCACGUGGACACCGCCGUCUCCCCUUUGGCAGAUUACUGGCUGGCAGCAACGCCCGUCUUCCCCCAGGACAGGAUCAUGGCCAAGAAAGUGAAAACCGUGGACUUCCAGAUCCAGCAGACACGUACUGACAUCGAGGAGAGCAAGAAAAAACGGGAUCGUCUGAGGGCCGCCCUGGAGGACGCAGAGCAGCAGAGCAAACAUGUCAACCGGAGCGCAUAG